AAUCAGGAGCGAGACUGCUCCUCGCUUUAAUGUGGAGCGCCGCUCGGGACAACAAGAGAAACAAACGAGUGGUUUCAUUCACGUUUUGUCUGAGGUGCUGAAGGUUUCUGAUGAUGGCGAAGCGAACAGGACGAAAGAAGAGCCAGCUGCCUGACUGCUACUAUGAGGGUUACCUGGAGAAGAAGUCCCUGAAAGACCAGACAUCUCAGAAACUGUGGACCUGUUUGUGUGGAAGCACGCUGUUCUUCUUCCACGAGAAAAGAGACAUUGAUUAUGUGGACAAAGUGGACCUCACAGCGCUGGUCUCCGUUGAAGACGACGACGGCUCAGACUCCACAGUGGAUUCAGCCAGAUUCACCAUUCAGCUGCAGAGUGGAAGCAUCAAAUUCACUGCUCCAAGUUCAGAAUGCCGGGAGCUUUGGAAAGGAUUUAUCCACGCUGUGGGUCAGCUGUCGGUGCCCUCCUCCCUCAACCUGCUCCCAGGUCAGAUUCACAUGAUGGGAGACGCAGUCCAGAAGGAGAAAGAGAGGCGGGCAAACAUUCAUUAUUCACCUGCUGUCCACAGUCCUCCUGCCAGCACCCAGUCCGACAUGCCUGCCUGUUUCUUCGAGGUGCCUCGGCUAGAGGCAGAGCUGCUGCUCGAGAGAGAAGCCAGCAAAGGAAACCUGCUGGUGAGGCCCAGGAGGAGUCAGAACUCCUACGCCAUCAGCACAAGGAUGGAGAUUUCUGGAGCUGUGUUCAAGCAUUACCGCGUGCUGUGUAAAGAAAGUGGGGGUUUCUAUAUUGAUGUGGAAAAUCCUGUUUUUGGCGAUACGCUGCAGGAUGUGGUGGACUACUUGGUGGAGAAAACCAACGGCUCCUUGACCCCCCUCAUCAUUGAGGAACAGUACGACAAAAAACUCUCUUUUAUUGUAGCUGAUGAUGAAAGUGGAGAGAAGACUCAACAGCCUUUACCAAACUUUAUCCCAAGAGCUGCACCUCGCAAACACGUUGAGGAAAGAUCGACGUCUGAAGUCAAACCAGCUGGAGCGGAAUAUUUCUCUUUCACUGACCACGCAACUCCAGCUCCAAAGAAAGUGCUGAUGCCUCCAUCUCCGGCUCCACGAAAAGGUAGCGUCGCCUCCUCCACCAACGUCCACGGAGACUCCAGGAAGUCGAGCAGCGCGGAGGAACACAAGAAGAUUCUUUCUCCUGCUAUAUCCGAGCUGAAACUGAGGUUGGGACAGAAGUUAAAAAUUUACGAUGUAUGAACACAUCGGAGCAGCUGAGCGACGGGACGAGGCCACGGGUACACCGAGCCCAGAACACCACCUCCUCCUCGAUUAACUGUCUCAUCAACGUCUCUGAAGAUGAACACUUUAUUGAUUCGCCUCGCUUCAACAUCGUUAACAAAUGAAACGGCUGUAAAUGUCUCGUUUUCUCUCGCAUGUUUU